AAAUCCUUCUCCAAUCUUAUCCCGAGUCAACCCCUGCCCCAAGCAUAUGUCCUAUAAAUAUCCGAGACUCUCCUGGAUCGAUUUUCCUAAAAAAAACCACGCCGAAACCAUCUAUACGUCUCGCACUCGUCGUUUGGAUCUCGCAUAAGAAAGAUGCGGUUCAUCGUCGGAUUCCAACGCCUACCACCUCAAGCUCACAACGCCGCCGUAGUUCACGGAGUUCACCUUGAAGCUCUGCUCGCUCUCGUCACCACCAACCUUCACCUUCAGCAAAAAUUGGUCGCCCUCGACGUCCCGCAUCUGUUGGACAAUUUCCCCGACGCCGUUGAUCGUCGGAGCUCCCGCACCAUCAUCAUCUCUUCCCUGCCUCCUCACGUUCGCCCCGUGUAGCUUUCCUAUUCUGUGCGUUUGGCUAGUAGUUUUAUCUCCGUAUUAGAUCACGGAGUGCGAGGCUUGCUAUUUAGAGUCACUCGAGUUUGAAGACUGUCAGCAAGAUGGCCACAUUCAACCCAUUUUUUGUCACGGAGUUUUGCCAGCCCGAUGCAACAAUGCCCUACGGCAAAGAGCUGGUGCAGAUCGUCAAGGACAUAAGGAUUGCUCUGCCAACAAUCACCGGGAAACCAAUCAUGUCUUUCCCGGCAGACGCUCGCUACAGGAUUGAGGUGCACAUCCCUGGAAGGACCUUCGGGAAUCGCAGAGAGCUCAUUGACUUCAAAUUUAUUGCACCAAGCUGGAUUCUCGGGAGGGACAUGGCGAUUCACUCUGCACUCGGGCGUAUUAAGGAGGUAUACAAAGGAUGCCCCAUUUCGCCGGACCCCUACAUGGUCUCCUUCAGAGGAGAAGAUGGAGAAAUCAUAAAGACCAAGACUGAAUACUCUAUCCUUUCCUAUGCCCAAACAUUGGAGGCACACAUGAGGACUUUGGAGCUCCAUGUAAUCAAAGACACGAAGAAGAUCAACCAACUGAUGCUCCGUGAACUUGACCUCGAAGCAGAAGCACGAGAGUCCAACUACAAGCACGAGGAUGAAGUGAAGGACUUCCUCGAGAGGAUCGAGAAGAUGAAGACCCGCAUUGCAAACCUGGAGGAGCAAUUGGACAUGGGAGAAAAUCUUCACCCAGAAGGCGACACGACCCCUUGAUCAGCAACAAGGAUGACUACGAAGAGAGCUCUAUCGAUGGACCCACUACCAUGUACUUCUGAGGAGGAUACAUAGUCAAGACCACCAAGUUAUCUUUACCUUAUGGUUAAACAUUUAGGGUGAUGUUUAAGUUUAUUGCAAGACUUGUAUCUACGUUUGAACCUUGAGUUGAAUUAAUGAAUGAAUGUCUGGUGUGAUGAUGUUUGUUGCA